AUGACGUCUGCCCCGCAAAAAGUCGUAAAUGUUUGUGAGGCGAUCGACAUGGACAAACUUAAUGAAUAUUACCCCAUACAUCAAAAAGUGCACAAAAAUAAUAAAUUGGAAGCGUCCAUUCAGCCGUCCGUCGAUAAAGAAAACAUUAAAAAUGUCCCCAAUGAUGAUGAUUUUGUCACGAAAAAAAUGUAUAAAUCUGAAGCAAAUCCAAAAAGUGUUGUUAAAAUGCCAGAAGGAACGGAUCAAAUUAAUCCUAAAGCCUGUCUGUUGCAAGUUCCUACUGCUCUGCUGCAGUGUAUGCUCAAGUCGGCUGCCAUCAACCGUCACCAUCACGUUCGCGACUCCCGAGCAGUUGCAACUGACGCUUUGCAAGAACCGCAACAAAAGCAAGUUGAUUGUUCAAAAAUUUCCAAAAAAACAUCCUUUUCUAAACAGCAAAAUAAUCUUCAAACUGAGCAACAACAACAACAGCCUCAUUCUUUACUCAACCAACAGCAGAACAAACUUCAUCACUUAUUUGAACUCUUCCAAGCACAGAAAGCUCAACAGCAACUAACAACUUCUAUAACUGACCAACCAACCAAACAACCGUUACAGUUGCAGAAAAUACGCCAGAUGCAACAGAAAGGAAAACAGCAUCCACAACAACCAUUGCAACAACUUCAGCAACUACAACCACAACAACUACAACAACAAAUCCAACUACAGCAACAACAAAUGCAGCAGCAACAACAGCAGCAACAACAACAGCAGCUCAUACAAGAGCAACAGCAGAGACGUCAGCGACAACAGGAAAGAUAUCAAUCAGAAGAUCCAGAGGUAGCAGCGGCUCAUUUAAAACAAACUAUCCAUCCGCAACGACGUAGAGUCUCUAUAGAAAGUCCUAUGUAUAUCAAAAAGAAACAAUCAGAAAAAGUACGAUCAGAUGGCAGAAGCAUGUUGAAACCAGUUGCGCUGUACAACAAACAACCAAAUGAUCAAACAGAAAUGAUUUUAGAACACAACAAGCGCGAUUUCGAUCAGGCUUCUAACCAUUAUAGGAAUAUUUCGUCUCCAGCAGAAACUAAUUUUGUGCAAGUCAACAAUUGCAAACCAAAGAAUUCUGAGAACGUUAAGUACAGUGAGAUGAUUAAGAAAAAAAUUGCGCCUUUUAAUAAAGCUCCCUGCCAUUUUGUCAGAUCUGCCAUUCAUUCAAUCACUCCAAUCAAAAUGAAUAAAUUAAAUAACCACGUGGAAGGCGAGAAUGAUUUUGAGAAAACUAAAAGAACUAUAUCAAAAUUUGUUAAGAUAAAGCAAAAGAAAAAUGAUUCGAUGGAAAAGAUUGAUAGAGAAGCAGACAAAAAUCUAAUUCACAACCGCCAAUUGAGCGCCGGUGAUAGCAACAAAAUUAUUAAUACGGUCCGCUCUGAACAUGCCAUAAAACAGUGCAACGCAUCAGAACAGUUACUGGAAAAUGAAAUGAAAAAAUUCCUCACCAGUUCAAUAAAAGUAAAUGAAAAAUUCAUUGGAGCUCAUUGCAAAACUAAUGCAGUCUUGGAGCUGAACAAUUCAAAAACUGGAAUGAGCGUUGAAGAGGACGACGCGAUGACCGAUGAAAUGAAAAAUAGUGAGGAUGAUAAAGCCGAUGACAGCAAUGAUGAUAGUGAUGAAGACAGUAAUGAUGAUAGUAGCGGUGAUAGUGAUGAUGAUGAAGAAGAUGAAAGCAAAAAUAAAAGCUCAAAUAGUUACAAUGACAACAAUGUUAAUGAGCGAAAAUCUAUUAAAAGCCACACCAGCUUGAACGAUUCUAAAAAAUUAGAGAACUCAGUAAAAAUGAAAAACAGUUUGGUUACUCAGUUUUCAGAAAAAACUGCGCCAAGUGUCAAAUUGGAAGUGCCAAUUGUCAGUAACAAAAAUGAAAGAAAUUGUUGUCAAUUGCAGGAUAUGAAACAAACUAUAACAAAAAGUGAAACAUCAGAUGACGAUAACGGUGAUGAAAGUUCAAAUUCGGAUGCAGAUCAGACAAGUGGCAAAGUAUCUCCAAAACAACAACGCACUGGACACAGAGAUAGCACUGUUCAAACAAUGAAAAUGAAUUCAAGUCAAAUUGAUGAAGCAAGAAAAGAAGAUAAGCCAAUGGAGUCAGUGCAAAAAAGUCAGCACAAAAUGUUAAAAGAGGUUGAGAAACAACAACAGCGACAACUAAUGCAACAACAACUUAAGUUUAAUCAAGCAACAGGGUAUUCGAUUGAGAACCAAAAUUCAAGCAAACAAAUACAUACAGUUGUCAGCCGAAAUUUACACGAAAAUGAGAAGAAGGACAAACAAUGUCACAAUCACAAAGAAUUAACGUCAAAUGACAGUAAAGCAACGAUCGUAAAUAAAAAAAGUCAUGAAAAAUCUAGCACAAAAGAACGCAGUGUCACUCCUGAUUCCACGUAUGCAAAACUGGAAUCUAUAGCAUCAACAUUCAUCAACCUAGAUCAGACAAUUACUAGCAAAACAAUGGACGCUGAUUUGGGUGAUAGCGACAUCGAGCAUACAUCAAAAUCUGAAAUAAAAUUUAACGUAACUAAAAAAGCAUCAAAACAAGUUGACAGCAGAGAGUCAGUGGAAAACGAUAAGACGUCAACAUUGUUGACGAAAGUAGCCAGCUCAUCUCACCGCACAGUAAACAAAUCUACAAAGCCUAGCAACUCAUUUUCUAACAAAAGUGGUAUAGCAAAUAACUCUCAAUUUCAAAUUAUCUCUAACGAAAAAUGUAUGAAACCAUCGAAAGAGAUUGAAAAGCAAAUGAAAGAAACUACAUCAAAAACUACAAUAAAAUUAAAUUUUGAAAAUGCUUAUGAAGGGUCUAAAUUGAUAGCUCUUGAACAAAAACAUUCAAAUAUAAACAAAACUUCAAAAGAUGCAGGAGACACAAAAGUUGUUAAAACAAAAUCGAAACAAUUAUAUUCGCCCGCCAGCACAACGCAUUCCGUCGAGUGUAGUAGAUCCAUUCAAGAAUUCAAAACAAAACACAACGUCAUUUACGCCAUUCCAACAGUCAGGUACGCAAAGGCUCAUCGAACCAUUGAAUCGUUGAACAACGUGCCGACCAGCAUCAGGAUCAUCCUCUCAUUGACGGCAGGUGGGACAUCUUCCGCUCAAUCAUCGCGUAAGAAAAAUGAGGAUGAUUCGACGUUAGGCACCUCUACUCUUACUUCAGCUCCAUCUAAAAAGUUGAACGUUACUGAAGAGGAGAUAUUGCGUAAGACGUUUCUUCUUGGAAAUGAGCACGAUGACUUUCGAAUGAGGAAGAAAUCUGAACUGGACAAAACUGCCACACUACACGACAAAGACAACCCAAAAUGUAGCAAUGGCAAGAGCAAUAGCAUUCAAGGUAAGACAAUCUUUAUGGACGAAGAUGAGAUUAAGAGCGAUUCUAAAUAUUUAAUCGAAGCCAAACUCGCGUACUUAGCGCAGUCUAAAAAUCAGUUGAAGUCAAGCUCGUCCAGUUAUUUAAAAUAUUUCAAUGAUGAGGUCAAUCGCAAUUUUGUUGACGAAAAUUUGAUAUCGUCUCGAUGCCCUGCAUAUAACAUAAAUGAUACCUACUCUGAAAGUCGAUCCAACUACAGUUACGAUCGUCCUUAUAAUAAUAAGAGCAAAUAUUUGGGCUUGGAUGAGGAGAUCCAGAACAAAUACCUCUUUAAGUCGCUAGAUGAGAGGCGUUCGAAGGUCAACCCAUUUUUGAAGACAGGUCACAACUUGAUACCCUCACUAUCCGAUCAGUCGUUGAACAGCCCGACCGAUGAUGGCCAAUAUAAUUAUUCAAACGUUAUUUACAGAAAAAAUUUUCAAAGCCAGCCUUUUGAAUUUAACAAAUCGAAAUCGGUAGGAGAGUUCCAGGCCAAAACGGAACCAGAUAUUUACCAGACGUCGUCCAUCAAUCAGCCUUAUUAUAACCAUGAAAGUGAAAAUUUUCAUUCUAAAAGUUUUCCAAACACGUCUAUUCAAAAUUCUCUAUAUCGCGCAUCACCCGCUUGUCAAAGUUAUCUGAAUCUAAGCGAACAAGACCAAAUGUUGCAUCAACCGUAUCAACAGAAUGCCCCUUCGUCAGUAAAUCGGUAUGUUAAUAAUAAUUAUUACCAGCCACAUCAGCUGAGCCAAUACAAUUCCGAGCCACAACAACUACCAAUAAAUUAUUGGCUGCAGGAGCACCAAUACAAUCAGCAGCAGCAGCAACAACAACAACUACAAGCACAGAAUCAACAGUAUCAGCAACUUCACGAUCAGCCGUACCCACAACUGCGCAAUCACCAGUUUCAGCAGCAACACUUGCCGCAGCCCAUGCAAUCCCACAGCGAGUUCCUGGCUUCGGUUGAACUUAUCACAAAAAAAGGAAAUAAUUGCACUGUUAAUCAGUAUGAAAAUUUUCAAAAACCUUUUACGAUAGUUGCACCUCAUAAGGAGCCCUUACUUUCAAACAACGUUCAUUUUAAGCCGCAGAACAGCAGCUUGCCUAAAGUCGUAGACAGCUUAAUGCACAGCAAACAAGCUACCAACGACGUUAUGAACAGUAACGAGGUUUUUUCAUAUUUAAACCACAGCGCAGCCAACAAGACGAGGAGAAACCAGAGUACCAUCUCUAGCUAUGAAAACAACGUGCGGAAAAACAAAAAUAUACACGUGGUCAAAAGUACACAAGUUCCUGGCAACAAAUUUGAAAGAUUCACUCCGUUAACUCGCAAAUUUGUGCAAAAUAAGAUGCUGAAAGAUUGUUUUGGCAACAAUGACACCGUUACAUCUUUUACCAUCUACAAACAAAAAUACAAUUAUCAAUUCCCUCAAGAGCAGGCUUGGUAUGAAAGCAAAUGA